CUGCACUCUGACAAAAGCUUGGUUGGCCCUGGCUGUCCACAAGUGGGACGAGACGAGACAGACAGAUACAGUCCGCUACACGGUACCGCCGCACAGUGCUGGCGCCUUCGCUGCCCAGGCCAGGCACGCUCCCACGUCACACACCACCUGGCCAGCAUCAUGCUCCCAAGGUCCCAACGUCAGCUGCUGCUGUCACUGCCACACCCGCACAAGACCUGCCAGGUCCCGUGCCGCAUGCCCAGCUGCCCUGCCUGCCUGCCUGCCUGUCUGCCUGCCCAAAGGGCCUGGUGAUCCGGCGUGCCGAUCGUCCACUGCGCGUCAGCUCCGGCUGCCAUCGGACUCUUCCUCCGCUCCACCUUCUCCGCACGACGCCCGACCUACUUCAAAGCUUCCGCCUCGCCGGCUCCGCUCUCUCGAUCCCUCAACCUCCUCCACCAGCUGCAACCCUGCCCAGCCUGCCCGUGACUUUAGAUGACCUCGCCAUUGCCCAGCCACCCCGUCUCUGCGGACCGCCUUGGCGCGUCUCCAAGCCGAGCAUCUCUCGGGGCCGCGGCGCACGCCUCUGACGACCACGAUGAUACCAUCGUCGGCAGCACCGAGCACUCGCCGUUGCUCUCGCCUGCGGGUGCCGAGCACGACUUCCACAUCCAUGACCACUCUGCGGGCGGCCACAUCCCGUUUCAGGACCAGUCCCAGACAACCAAGAGUGUCUGGUACCUUGUAGCCCUCACCAUCAGCAUUGGUGGGCUCCAGGUCGCCUGGGCCUGCGAGCUGUCCAAUGGCUCGCCCUAUCUCCUCUCUCUCGGCAUCAGCAAGUCUCUGAUGGCUCUUGUUUGGAUCGCCGGGCCUCUGACUGGAACCUUUGUCCAGCCCUAUGUCGGCAUGCUGAGCGACAACUGCCGUAUCUCUUGGGGUCGCCGCAAGCCUUUCAUGCUUGGUGGUGCUGCUGCCACAACAUUCUGUUUGCUCUUCCUCCCCUGGACCAAGGAGAUAGUGGGCGGUGUGCUUGGUCUUCUGGGUGCCGAUGCGUCCUCUGACGGCGUCAAGGUUGUGAUCAUGGUUGUUGCCGUCGUCAUGAUCUAUGUCUUGGACAUUGCCGUCAACACAGUUCAAGCAUCGAUACGGGCAUUCAUCUGCGACUGUGCACCGUCUCAUCAGCAGGGCAACGCUGACCAGCAUUUAGAAGCCGCAAAUUCGAUGGCAAGCCGUCUUGUCGGUAUCGGCAACAUCAUUGGUUAUCUCGCAGGAUAUAUCAAGCUUACUGACUACCUCGGAUUUCUCGGGCACACUCAAUUUCAAAUCUUAUCGGCUAUCGCUUCAGUCUGUCUUUGCUCGACGGUCAUAUUCAGUGUCAUUGUCAUCCCGGAGAGAGAUCCGCGCCUCGAUGGGCCAAAAAUGGCCAACCAAUCUGGCAUCAUCGAUUUCUUCCGCAGCAUAUUCGCUGCUAUCAAGCGACUGCCACCACAAAUCACAAAAGUUUGUGUUGUCCAGUUCUGCGGCUGGAUCGGAUUCUUCCCCAUGCUGUUCUAUACAUCGGCCUACAUUGGCGACGUCUAUGUACAGCCAUAUCUUGAGGAAAACCCUAACAUGACCCCCAGCGAAUUGGAUGAGCUAUACGAAAAAGCAACGCGUGUCGGCACUUUUGCACUCCUCAUCUUCGCCAUUACAAGCUUGCUUACCAAUUUGCUGCUUCCUUUCUUCAUCGACCCUACCUACGAUAACAAUCCAACCCUCGGUAAAUCCACACCCCAAUCGCCAGUGCUAACGACCAAUGACGAAGGGCUGCAGAAGUGGCUUGCUCCCCUCGUCAUUCCUGGCUUUACCCUUCGCCGCGCGUGGAUGUAUUCAAACAUCCUGUUCGCCAUCGCUAUGACUUGUACAUUGUUUGCGCGCUCAGUCGGCAUGGCGACUGUACUCAUCGGCCUGGUCGGCAUCACGUGGGCUCUUACGCUCUGGGCGCCAUGGGCCAUCAUUAGCGCAGAAAUCAGCCGACGUGAAGUCAUCGCAAGGGCACGAAAGCAGCGUCUCUCGGCUCUGUCGCAACGUACCAUCGCCGGGCCCUCCAGCUCCACGGAGAGCAUUUCGGACGACGAUGAAAGAGAGCAGGCCGAACCCGAACCAGAUAAAGCUGGUGUGAUCUUAGGUAUUCACAACAUGGCCAUCGCAGCGCCGCAAUUCAUCUCGACGUUUGGAUCUAGUAUUAUUUUCCGCUUUGCGCAAAAGCCACGAGGCGUACCUGGUGACCACAGCAUCUCUAUCGUUUUCGCCCUCGGCGGUUUCUUCGUGCUGGCUGCGGCAUGGUUCAUCCACAAGAUACAAGAGAGCUCGCCCCUCCCAGCGGAUGUCAUCUCCGUCGCGGAAGAGGGACAUCUGACACAGCAGUCAGGCAACAACGGUGGGUUGUCGGACAAGAGCAGGGACGGGCCUCGCGGCAGCAUGGAUAGAGCAUCGCUGGCUAGAAGCUCCAGCUUCUCUGGGGUGGAAUACUAA